AUGAGCUCAAGAGCAUUUUGUGCAAUCUGGGCAGUAGCUGUACACCUGGUCGCAGUUGCCGGCCUUGACUUCACCGGCGCUCAGGUCAUUUGGUUUCCAGACCGCGACGCUGAUGGAGUCACCUAUCCUGCAGGCAACGCUACGUUCCGUCGUGACUACUACCCACCAGCUGGCCAGACUCCCCUCUCCGCAGAAAUUUUGGUCUCCGUUGACGAUGACUUCACCCUUUUCGUAAACGGUGCCCAAAUUGGAACUGGGAGCUUGAUUGCAUAUCGGUUCUGUGUACCCCUCGUACCCGACUGUAACGUCUUCGCAAUCCAGGCUGAAAAUCGCCCCCUUCCAGCGCCAGCCAAAUCUAACACGGGAAACAAGGCUGGCGUUAUUGCCGCCAUAAAAGUUCGCUACAGCAAUGGCUUCACAGAUACCAUCGUCACCGACAACCAGUGGCACGCCAUUCUUGGAGCACCCGCAGGAUUUGCACAGGUUGCGUUCGACGAUAGCGCAUGGCCCGCUCCAUUUAUUGAGGGAGCACCUAUGGCUCCAGGCGCCGUGCCUUGGACAAUGACCCUCCCUGCCGAGAACCAAGAUCCUGGCCCGGAUCUGACCGCCGCGUCAUGGAUUUGGUCCUUGGACGAGACUAAGGUCGCCACUGCCCCUGUAGGAGGCGUCAUAUUCCGCAAGGUGGUCACUCUCCCCCCGGGUCAAUAUGCAGAUACCAUCACAAUGGACGUUGGCUGCGAUGACCAGUACACGAUGUAUAUCAACGGUCAAGUGGUGGGCUCCGGGACGGACUACCAAACCACUAAACGCUACCAGGUUAAUUUCAUGCCCAGCAACACCAUUACCAUCGCUUUUUACGCAGCAAACGCCGGUGGCCCGGGCUGGUUAAUAGCCUCGGGGCAAAUCAAGGGUUGCGCCUGCGGAUGUGGUAACACGGCCCGCGUGAAUACGGAUUCUACCUGGAAGUUCAGCAGUGCGACUCCUUUCCCCACUUCGUUUAUCAACCCAGGAUUUGACGACUCGAGCUGGGCACAAGCAAUUAGUCAAGGCACUUACACCAGUGCUACGCUUUGGAACAAACCUGCACCUCCCACCAAAAACAGCCCCCAGGGCGGUCCCGUUCCUGGAGCACCCAAUGCACCACCCGCCACUGUUGUUGUUUGA